AUGCUGUUGAAUGAAAACAUGUUCGAGCGAACCUUUCGAAUGACUGCCGACAGUUUUUCGUACCUGUUGGGGCUCUUAACACCAAAUAUUGAGGUUAAUAGACAGCAAUCUGCCAACUCGAGCGGGGAAGAACCAAUAUCGCCUCCACUUAUGCUCAUGACUACACUGCGUUAUUUAGCUGGUGGUUCGUAUCUUGAUAUUCGCCGUACUGUGGGAAUUAGUGGAUCUUCUUACUACCGCGUCAUUAACGAGACAAUGUUCGCGAUUCUCGGUCUACGAGAAUUGAAAAUCGUAUUUCCUGAUUCUGAAUCGGACAGAGAGGUUGUGAUGAACGACUUUAAGGCUAUCAGCUCCAGUGGAAUAAUAAGCGCUGAAGACGCUGGAGACGUAGGAACUGGACGCUAUUAUAGUGGACACUAUGCAUGUCCUGGUAUCAAUGUGCAGGCCGUGUGCGAUGCGCAUUGUCGCUUCAUAUCUGUGGAUGCCAGCUAUCCAGGAAGUACAAAUGAUGCACGUGCUUUUCGUGGGACUGGUGUGGCGAGAAGUCUCAAAUCAUUUCCUACAGGAAUGUAUAUCAUCGGCGACAAUGCGUAUCCUUACCACGACUCAUUCAAUUUCCAUGCUAGUCAAAUACGAAUCAGAAUUGAAAUGGCUUUUGGUCUUUUGACUACAAAAUGGCGGGUAUUUCGAUCUCCUAUCUCACGGAACCUUUUAAAUGCUACCACUACAAUUUACACAGCUAUGGUGCUGCAUAACUACGUGAUUAACAGACGUAUAAUAUCUGAUGCCGACUAUUGUUUAUUUGACGAGUCGGUUCAACCCAUUCGCGUCUCGCAAAGAGUGCAAAGAUUAAAUGACGUUGCCAAUCUCAUGGGUUACAUGUCAAGUGAUCUUGUUGUUGAAGAGGGUAACAGCUACAUGAGAGACUAUAUUGUUCAGCACCUUCGCGCUAAUAACACUGUUCGGCCUCAGUACAACAUUUCACGCAAUCGGAGUGUAAACAACUAA